CUCCUUCAUCCGAAGCCUUAUGUAUCUUCUCGCAGAAUCUCCACUAUUUACCACACCGCCAAACGAACUAACGGCGCGGCCAACAUGGGGCUUGCCACCGGCGCGCAACCCAAAGCCAAUCUCUUGCUAGCUUUCCCCAACGUCCCAUGGAUACUAGACACAACGGGCAAGGAUCUAGGUUUUUUCCUUGUGCAAGACGGAUCGACCCCGUUAAAUCAGGCAAUCGGGAGCGAUUACUACUUCAAUGCGCUGUUCCAAAAACUGGCAAUCGCGGGGCCUACGGGAUUGGUUCAGUGGAGCUUGCUGCCCCCGAUCCCCGCCCUCGACCCGCCAGGCCAUCAGUACCCCAUAGAUCUCCCCGCCACAGAUCCUGCGUCAAACGUCUCCGUCGGGAUAUGGGCGCCGAUCAAGACUGACAAGGCGGGCAUGCAUUUUCCGUUGUACCGGAAAUACUGGAAGAAUCAGCCUUUAGGGAGUGCGACGCCGAACGAGGACCAUGAGGGAAUGGGCAUUGUUGCGCUGUCAGUUCGCUCGAUUGAGGCGUUCCUGAUGUCGAUAUAUACGUCAGACAAUGCUGUGUUGCUUAUCUGCGAAGCGAACGGGUCCAUGGUGGCAGCAUCGGUCCCUGACCAAACGCAAAUAGGCAACACAACGGAGCGAUACAGCGCGACAUCCGCACCAAACCCGUUAAUCCAACAGACCGCCCGGUACCUCGCAGGCAUGUCCGGCGGUCUUGCGGGGCUCGGCCACCGGUUUGGAGGGUCUUUCGAAAGCUCAAUGGGCACGACGCUCGUCAGCACCAGGCGCCUGCAGGACAGCGGCGGUCUGAACUGGAUUUUGAUCCUCAGCGCACCACAGUCCGAUUUCACCGGCACGCUCUCGCAGACGCAAAAGACCAUUAUAAUAGCCAUCGUAGUUACGGCCGUCACCGCCGCGGCAAUAUCCGCGGGCGUCGCCUACGCGCUCGUUUACCCCAUCCGCCGUCUCUGUCUCUUCAUGGAACAAGCGACCGAUUUUGAUUUUUCAGCGGUCAGGAGCGAUUUCUUCGCCAAGAAGCUCACGUUGGAUCCGAGGGAGAUUGUCAUCUGCAAAAAGGUCUUUUUGGUCAUGCUCACGAGGUUUGCAACCGCUGUUCAAAGCUCGCGCCAAGGCUCCAGUGUACGAAGUGCGCCUCGAAGUGCGCAGGACGGGAUUAAACAGACCCCUGCCGCGAAGAUGAUCAAUGCGUUGACAAGAAGCGAAGUGACGAGGGAUGCACCCGCGACACGGUAUGGAUGCGACAUGUGAACAUGCAGCCUAUGCUCGAGACAGUGCAGACUGGGACCCUAUAUAUUCCGUAGCGAUGCCCAAGUUGCAGAAAGGACAUUAGUGAACGCCCAGUGGAGAUGUCGAAGUCUGUUGCCGCUUUGCACAUCACGACAAUUUGUUCGUCUUUUAGAUAGGAUCGUCUCACACUCGGAUAACCCGGAAUGUCAGCUUUAUUUGGUGUACAGUUGCAGAAUCUGAAGAGCUUGAUAUAUAGGAAAGACAAGCCCCAUGUCUUCCUGUUGCGCCAGGGAUUCCUAUGAUGCUCAAAUUAGUGCUUACCCGAUGAAGCGCAAACUAUACUGACGCGCAUACGCACUGCAGUCUAACGUUUCGAGACAC